AUGGCAUCUACUCCAGAGACUCCCGGCUCUCCUCAAAGCCCUAGCACUAUCCGCACUCCCAAACGAAAAUCCAUCAUUGGAUAUUUCGGGGACAUGAGCUUGGGUGAAGAUGAGAAGGGUGGCUCUUCGCUUGAACCUGAAUCUCCGACGAAGAAGUCUAGAUCUGAAGCUAUACGUUCUCUUCAAGUUCUUCGAUCGUCAACAUCAAGCUCAAGCGUCAAGAAGUCGUUGCUUCGUGGGACAUUUCGAUACAGCUGGCCGCCUACCAUUAGAGGCAAUCAAACCUUGAAGUCAAGCAGCUCAUCCUCUCAGCCGAAAAAUCCAAAACUUACUCUGAGAAUGAGUGAUCUUUACCGUGUUUAUGGAGACAAUUGGGCUAUGGACCCCAAGGUUGAAGACCAACCUGUCGACGUUUCUGAGCAUUUCUUGGUUGUUACCAGAAUCAUGGACGAGGUGAAAGAGAUCUUGGGGAAAGCAAAGAAUGGAGGAGACGACAUCGCGAGUUUUCUCCUGCAGCAGAUGGCAGAGGCGGUUUACUCCUCCAAUGUAAAGUCCAGAAAGGGCUUGGGCCUUGAUAUCACCAUGAAACUUUGCAUGAUGAUAUUCGAAGGCAACGCAGGCGUGGAAUACACCGAGCGAACAGAAGAGUACCAGGUUCGGCUUGAAGCACUAGUACGGAAAGACGUACCUCCUGGCGAGCACCAGGUACUUCGAAGCCGGAGGGAGAUUGUUCAGCAUGCUGCUGCAUUUCAACAUAUCAUCAACCAGUUCGUCCGUGAAGGAAAGCCAAUGACCGAGCAACUGAUCAAAGACACACACGCUAUACUCGUCAAAGGUGUUAGUGGCGAAAAUGCCGGCAUACUCAGUAGCAGAGAUUUUGGUGGUUUCUACCGCACCGAAGACGUUUUCGUGGGCACUACCAGAUUUAUCCGCCCGAAUAAGAUCUCCGAAGCCAUGAACUCGAUGAUCUUGAACCUUCAACAGCACUUGAUAGCGUCUGAAAGAUCACAAUCGCUCGAUCCCUUUGCGACAGCUGCACAGUAUUGCGAUCGGUUCGUCAAUAUUCAUCCAUUCGAGAUGGUAACGGGCGCAUGUGCCGGCUCAUUCUCAACGCAAUCCUCAUCAAAUACGCUAGAAUCGUUGUUAAUGUUGGAGAGCAUGGGCAAGAGAGAGACGAGUACAUUCAGACAGCUCGUGAAAGCAGAGAAGUUGGUGGUCAUGGUGGUGCUUUAG